UAUUUUACAGAAACAUUGAUGAUGUGGACAAGACAAUGGAUGAGAUCAACGAGCAGACUGAGAACAUGAAACAGAUUCAGGAAGCACUGUCUACUCCUAUUGGCACAGCAGCUGAUUUUGAUGAAAAUGAACUGGAGGCAGAGCUCGAGGAAUUGGAGGGAGCUGAGUUGGAGGAACAUCUUACUGAUUGCUUCCAUCAUGUGGAAAUUUUGACAUUGUUUUUUUCUCUUUCUGGGUUGUCUUCUAACAGGAAAUGCCUUUUGGAUGGAAACUUUUUAUAAGUAUACAUCUCUGCCUGCUUCACUUUAAGGAAUGUUUCUUAUAGUUUAAAUUUACAAAUUUACAUGGCAUUAAUAUUUUUGGUGUUACAUGAUGUUUUCUAAGCAUUAUCUUUGAUUGGGUUAUCUUUGUGAAUCAUGUUUUUGUUUUCCCUAAGAAAGUUUGCAUGACCAAUAAAUUGUGUUUUGAGGAGAAUUGCAUUUA